GAUAACAUAUCGCGCCUUCUGAUAUCGAUAGACAGCGAGUAGUUUUGUUUGUAAAUUAAAUUUAAAUUAACCGAGCUAAACUUAUCCAUGGAACCGGUGGCCAUCCGGCCGAAGGCACCUGGAGCGGGCAACCGCGGAGCCCUGCGGCUGGCAGCUAAGAAGCCGCCCAAAAAGCGCAUGUACCACUGCGGCGUUUGCUUGGCGGGAUUCCCUGGUCAUCUGGCCACCAAGCGGCACGAGCAGCAGUGCGCGGCCAGGUUGAGGCGUCUGUUCGUCUGCCGCCACUGCCUAACGCUCUUCGGCGAGGAGGCCCGGCUGGAGCGGCACCGGGAGCGAAAGCACGUCGACGGUCAGUUCCUGUGCCUGCAGUGCGGCAAGCGGUACGCGUCCGCCACGUUUCUGUACCGCCAUGUGGUCAGCUGGCACGGCGAGCAGUCGGUGUUCUACUGCGCCAUGUGCGCGGACAACUGCAACGAUGUCAAGACCUUUAGCGGUAUGCUGGAGCUUCAGCAGCAUGCCGAGGAGGUACAUAACCUGCGUUCCCUGGAGUCCACCGCCAGUGAUGCAGGCAGCCAGGUCGACGAAACGGAGGACCUUGAGAUGCUGGAGGAGAACAUCGAGGACAUACUGCCCAGCAUUGACUGGGACGACGAUCUGACAUUUGGCUGGCCCAUGGACCUAAACAAGGAGUCGUGUAUUUUGGACACAAAGCCAAGCGUUUUUGUCUGUCCCUUCUGCGCCAACGGAUUCACCGGCAGUCUAAGUUUAGUGCGGCACCUGGAAGAGGUUCACGAACGCAGUCCCCAGGAAUGCUGCUACUGUGGCAAGAGCCAUGGCAGUCGGGAAGCCCUGCGUUCCCACCUGCAACGUGUCCACGUUCUGUUGCGCAGUCAUGUGUGUGGCAUUUGCCAGGCGGACUUCGCCACCGCCGAUCAUCUGAAGAAGCACGUGAACAGCCAGCACCUGGACCACCGACCGCACCUGUGUCCCACCUGCGGCAAGAGAUUCGCCCAGCGGUGCCACCUCACCCAGCACAUGGCCACGGAUCGCGGCCAUGGGCAAGGCAACUUCGUCUGCCAACUCUGCCUGUGGCCCUUCUUCCGGGCCAUCGAUCUCGAACGGCAUGUGUAUGAGAAGCAUCCGUGAGGCAGUCAUCCUAGCGGGUAUGCUAGCUUUAAUAUCGGGUAUUUAUUCUUUAAAGUAACUGCUUACAAGGCGCCUUAAUUUACAACUUUAGAACAUACUUAUAUUAUAAAUGUAACCGAAAUUCAAUUAAGAUGGCUAAUAGACAAAGUUAGUAUGUGUGAAUUUAUCUGACUAAAAUAGCAAUAAAUAAAGUUAGGUUGUAAGAAAAGAUUGUCUAAAGACAGUUUACAGAGUCACUGCUGUUUAAAUUGUUUAAAUAGGCUAUUUUGCUGUACUAAAAUAAAUGUUUCGAAGGUAACAAUGAACUUUGCUGCUUUGCGGCCAUACAACAUUA